CGAAAAGAUCUCUGCUCCAGCUAAACUCCAAGAGGAAAGAGAAAGAUUCAAUUAUAUUCAGACAGGUGAAAAGUUAUUUGGUUCUCUCUCUCUGUCUGAUUGAUCUUGGCGAUUCGUCUUGCUGGCUCGGUUUCCGCGGGAAACCUUCUUCGUUGACCUUCCAUCCCUCUCUCACGCCUCGCUUCUGUACAUUCCGCCGUUGAUCCUCGGAGGAUAUGGCGAUUCUGUACGCACUCGUGGCGCGUGGGACGGUGGUGCUCGCAGAGUUCACGGCGACGUCUACGAACGCGAGCACGAUCGCGAAACAGAUCCUGGAGAAAGUCCCUGGGAACAACGACAGCAACGUCUCCUACUCUCAGGAUCGCUACGUCUUUCACGUUAAGCGUACCGAUGGCCUCACCGUUCUCUGUAUGGCCGAGGAAACCGCCGGAAGGAGGAUUCCAUUUGCGUUUCUGGAGGAUAUUCACCAGAGGUUCGUGAGGACUUAUGGGAGAGCAGUUCAUACAGCACAAGCCUAUGCCAUGAACGAGGAGUUCUCAAGAGUUCUAAGUCAACAGAUCGAGUAUUACUCUAACGAUCCUAAUGCCGAUAGGAUUAAUCGGAUCAAAGGUGAAAUGAAUCAGGUGCGGAGUGUCAUGAUAGAGAACAUUGACAAAGUUCUAGACAGAGGUGAACGCUUGGAGCUUCUUGUCGAUAAAACAGCCAAUAUGCAGGGGAAUACAUUCCGUUUCAGAAAGCAAGCUCGCCGUUUCCGAAGCACCGUGUGGUGGAGAAAUUGCAAGCUCACAUUCCUCUUGAUACUACUACUACUGGUGAUCAUAUACGUCGCAGUGGCCUUUGUCUGCCACGGACCUACUCUACCAUCUUGCAUUUAAGUGCAUAUGUCUCUUGGAAUCUCGGUUUUGUGUUUGUCUUGUAUUUUGUAUGCUCUUCUGAUUUCAAUCCAUUUGUUUCCUCGAGCAUUUUGACGUGAUUUAAAAAAGCUCAUGUCUUGCACUCGCCUAUAUGAAGUAUUCUUGUUUAUAGAGCAAUGUGAAAGCCCAUUGCUUUGCAAUGUCAAUUUGUGUUGCCAUCAUAUUGUUUAACUAUAUAUACAUAGUGUGAAAUGAACAGGCUUGCUUUGUUUAUACAAGUUUUGGAAUCA